AUGGCUUCGCAAGGAUCACAGACCAUCAGCUUGAAGGUUCUGAUCGACAAGCUUCUUUACUAUGCCCAUGGGAACCAUAGUGAGAGUGUGAGACUGAUCAGCAAACAACCACAGCCAGCCACUAUUGGGUCCUUGACCAAUCUAUACAAAUGGGUGGAGAAUCUUGAGGAGCAAUUUUUUCAGACUGAGGCAUGCAAGUCCAUGCUACUUCAUCCAAGGAAUCCUUAUGGAAAAGAGUGCAGGAAACUCAAACUGAACAUCGACGAUACAGAGCCCACCAAGUACUAUAUUUGUGCUGAUUGGAAUUGCAGCCGACCGGAUGAGUAUGAGAGUGAUGGUUUGUAUAGUACUUUCAAGAAUGUCAGAUGCAAUUGCGGGGAAAUGAUGGACAAGGAGAUAUGCAUGGCAAAAGAAGAUGUGGGUGCAAGAGCUGAACGAGAUGGUGGAGUGUUUGUUUGUGGAACGACCAAGUUCAUGGUAACCGAUGAUUUGCAAGUAGAGCCCAUUUCUCCAGCUACUAUCGUGACAUUGUUGCAUAAACUUGGACUCGGAGACAUGAGUUCCCUCCAAGAAACCAUACUGAGUAUUGGCUCUGAGGAGAUUUUGAAUCUGCUCAAGGGAUCGUUAUUUUCCAAGACACCUCUGACAGAUGUGUUCCUUAGAAAGCAAGGAUUUACAUAUGAAGGUAUAAAAUUUGAGACAGAAGAUGCAGUGCAGUCUAAAAGUUCCACAUGUGCUCUCAUGAGAUCUAUGAAUACACAAGAUGUUACUUUGAAGUUAAUGACGAGUACGUCGAUGGACAAAGUAUUAUAUGCCGAAGCAGGGGAAGACAUGGUUGACUUUCUUCUCAGCUUCCUUACCUUCCCUCUUGGAUCCAUUUUACAACUCUUAGGUGGGAAUUCAUCAAUGGGAUCCAUGGACAAUCUGUACAGGAGCGUGAAACAUUCAAAAGCUAUGAGGGAUUAUGAGCUAAGGGAUAUGCUGCUGAACCCUGGGCUCAGCCGUGGUUUUGGUUGCAGGAGCAACCCACUAGGAGUAAAAGAAUCUGAACAGUCUGCUCCAUCCUUGUGGUGUAGAAGUUAUGAAAAUGGAAAGAAUAAAGAUGACCCUUACACUGGUUAUCUCUCUACUGAGAAGUCUAAUCUAAGUAUUAGUCCUUCAGGUGAUUGUUCUUCAAUAUUACGCUUUGUAUGUGCAGGUCAUCAAGGAUUUCUCAAGGCGCCUGCGACUUUCAGGGUAAUGGACAAUUUGGUUCUCAAACCACUAGUCUCUAGAUGGAGUCUCUCCAUUGUUAAACAAUUGAAGGUUCCCUUAAAUGACUUGGAGGUCCGUGAGAUUAACGUGCGUAGGGAGCAGGGUUUGAGGCUAUUGAAGGCUUUUCUCUUCUCUAAAUCGUUACUGACCGAUGUCUUGCCCGCCAUGGUCAACUUUGACUUAAUGAAUUCCAAGCAAGAAAAGUAA